AUGACCGGGCCUGCGGACGAGCCUCGGUGCGUGGCUCGUAACGAGCAUCCUGGCUCGCGAGUUCCGGACUCGGCGAGUUUCUGGGCGCGGCAGCCGCCUGCGCGCGAAGCGGACGACUUGGAUGGGCGGAGUGGUGGCGGAAGGGGGGGAAGGCGGAGGCGGAAGAUCGGGGCUCGAGGCCGCGCGGAGAUGGUGCUGGUGCGCGAUGGUUGGGCGCAGCUGGUGGCUCGUGCGGUGCUGACUGCUGUGCCUGCGCGCCGCGCGCGCCGGAAUGGGUUCGCCGCGCCGCCCUGUAGUGUAGUACUGGCUCGGGAAGAACCUUCCGCGACCUGCGGCGGACUGGAGAGCGCAUGCGACGAGCAGGAGGACGACCGCGACCCUCACGGCUGGCCGCACGGAGGCAACCGCUCGGCGCGCUUAGAGGUGACGGCGAGGGCGGGAGGCGCGCGGCCGCGGCCCGCUGGUGCGCGGCCGUCGCAACGGCCGCCGAUGAGACGGCAGCAGCAACAGACGGAUGAUAAGGACGGACCGCUGAUGAACAGUGAUAUCAGGGUGCCCACGCUGCGGCUGCUGGCAGAGGACCAGGCUCUGCUGGGGAUAGUAUCGAGAGAGGAGGCGCUCUCCAAGGCCCGAGAGGCGGGGCUUGACCUGGUGAUGAUAGCAGCGGAUGCCAAGCCGCCUGUGGCACGAAUCAUGGACUACAGCAAGUUCCGGUACGAGCAGCAGAAGAAGAAGCGCGAGCAGCAGAAGAAGGCUGCUGCCAGCCGCCAGGAGCUCAAGGAACUCAAGAUGCGGUACAACAUUGACACGGGGGACUACAACGUGCGCCUCAAGCAGGCGCUCAAAUUCCUGCACGAUGGCGAUAAGGUGAAGCUGACGGCGCAGUUCAGAGGGCGCGAGAUGGAGUUCAAGGAGCUGGGGGUGAAGCUCUUUGAGAAGUUCCAACACGACGUGGCUGAGCUGGCGAUCGUGGAGUCGAAGGCGCAUCUGGAGGGGCGGUCGAUGCACAUGGUGCUGGCGCCCAACAAGGCCGUGCUGCAGCGCAUGGCUGCCGCCGAGGAAAAGAGCCGGCGGGCGGCGGAAAGGAGCAAGCGCGCCGAGACGCGUGGAGUGGUGUCUGGGAGUGAGAGUGACGGGGGGGAGAGUGCGGGGGAGAGUGAUGGGGAGAGCGAUGGGGAGGAGGUGGUGGAGGUUGUGAAAGAGAAAAGUGGGCGGCAAUAG